CGUCCCAGAACCACUGCAAUCCGCAACGCAUAACUCUACUCUCAGCACAUACUUUUGACGAUACUAGACGACAGACGACCCGCCAUGGCCAUCUCUGUCCCCGACUCCUGGAUCGAAAGGCUCAUGCGCUGCGAGAAUCUACCCGAGACAGAUAUGAAGACGCUAUGUGAACGGGUACGAUGCAUUCUCAUGGAGGAAUCAAACAUUCAGCCAGUCUCGAGUCCGGUUACGAUCUGCGGCGACAUCCACGGCCAGUUCUGGGACCUCCUCGAGCUUCUCCGCAAGGGCGGUGCCCCACCGGAGACGAGCUAUAUAUUUAUGGGCGAUUUUGUCGACCGCGGGCACUACAGCCUCGAAACAGUAUCGCUCCUACUUGCUCUGAAGGCGAAAUACCCUGACAAGGUGACACUUCUACGAGGAAACCACGAGAGCAGGCAGAUUACGCAGGUGUAUGGUUUUUAUGACGAGUGCCAACAGAAGUACGGCAGCGCACUCGUUUGGAAAGCAUGUUGUAGCGUCUUCGACUACAUGAACCUUGCUGCUAUCAUCGAUGGCGAGACGCUUUGCGUGCAUGGCGGGCUCUCUCCAGAUAUCCGGACCUUAGACCAGAUACGCGUCCUUUCACGAGCCCAAGAGAUACCACACGAAGGCGCCUUCUGCGAUUUGAUGUGGUCCGACCCCGACGAAGUCGAGAACUGGGCGGUGAGCCCACGCGGGGCGGGCUGGCUUUUCGGCGCAAGCGUAACGCAAGAAUUCAACCACGUCAACUCGCUGCGGCUCAUCGCGCGCGCACACCAGCUCGUCCAAGAGGGCUACAAGUACAUGUUCGAUGAGCAGCUUGUCACCGUCUGGAGCGCACCCAACUAUUGCUACCGUUGCGGGAAUAUGGCGUCGAUACUGACCGUGCGCGAGGACGGGAGCAGGCAUUUCACUGUCUACGGCGCUGCUCCCGAGAACGAGAACGACAGAGGGCAGAAGAAUAGGAAGAUGGGCGCAAUGCAAUAUUUUGUAUGAAUAAUGUCACUUCGUGCACCAGUUGUAGCCGCUCGAUAUUACUCAGAGGUCUUGGUGGUUCUGACGCGUCGUUUCCGUCGAUGGAGUCAGUUCGUGAGCGGAACCGGAGUAGUACGUGAUUCCGUCCUUCGAUACAGAAUGGUGUGCAAUCACAAGGUCAUCGACAGCUGGUGUGUAGGCCUUCUCCGCUCUCUGGACUUCCGGUGAAAUUGGACCUCGUAUCUCAUUUUGUUCGGAUGACUGGACGACGAGGGCUCAGUAGGGCGUCCGGGUAACCAUGAAGGAAACGUUAACAUCAGUCACCGCUUGAGGUGUGCGCAUACUGAGAUUCACGACAAGUAUUCGCCGGUAUAGCCGUCUGAAAGGAAACCUUCUAACCUUUCCGGGCCGAGCAGUGUCAGCGUCAUGCGGAUAUCACGGAAGUUCUUUCAGCGUGCUUACAUACGCGGAUUCCCGUCGUGAUAGUCAUUUCGCUUAGAGGAAGCCCCCGCGCGCGGACCUGAUACCCAAUUUCAUAACGACGAAGUUCAGCCAGCCGUCAGAACUCCCUUGUGUUGCAAAGUAGUUGGCCUGCGUGACGGUCCUCAUAGA